AUGAAUGCAUACCCAACAUUAAGUAUGACAUCUCCAAAACUAUUUUAUCCUUCAAUAGAUAGUAUUAAGUUUCAUAACUUAGUAGAUCAAAAGAUCACCCUGAACGUUAAAUUAAAAACACAUAAGAAUAUCGAUAAUGCAGUUGAUAAAUUUACCACAAUCAUUCAAACAGCUACCUGGGCAUCCCAAUCUAAGCCAACUCCAACUUCCACUAGGAAUCUACUAUUACCGGUACAUCUGCGUUCAUUAAUUACUGAUAAAAGAAGAGCUAUGGCACAUUAUCAAAUUUCUCGUUUACCUUCCCAUAAAUCACUAUAUAACAGACUGUCCAACUCGCUUAAUAAUCAUUUUCUAAAAUAUAAAUUAGAUAUUUUCAAACAAAAUUUAUCUAACUUAUCCACUUUUGGCGGUAGCCUCUGGAUGGAAACUAAUAAGCUCUUACAAUAUAAAUCUAGUUUACCGCCACUAACCAAAAUUAAUAAUUCUACUACUAUAACUGAUGAAAAUAAGGCUGAGAGUAUUCGUCAACAUCUAUCUGAAAUAUUUAAGCCACAUCCCGACAUAAACAAUCUAAGUCUCACCUUUAUGGUAAUCCAGUAUUUAGAUUGCCCAUGCCUCUUCACCUCCCUGAAAAGUGUUUUAUACCAAGUGAAUUAAAAACCACAAUACAAAAAUAUUCUAUCAAAAAAACUCCAGGCUUUGAAUUGAUUUAAUUACAGCUGAAGUCGCCAGAUGUUUUCCGAAAAAAAUUAUCCUGUCCCUUACUUAUUUAUUUAAUGCGACCUUACGACUUUCAUAGUUUCUACAUCUCUUGAAAUUUUUAAAAAUAGUCUUUAUUCCUAAACCUGACAAACCACCUGAUCUUCCUCGUACAGGCCAAUAAGUCUGUUACCUUUUCUAGGUAAACUACUGGAAAGACUAAUACUCAAAAGGCUAGCUUACAUUAAUACGAACAGAAUAUUACCAGACUCGAAAUUUGGUUUUCGUUCAGCGUAUAGUAUAAUACACCAAAUACAUAGAUUAGUUGAUGCUAUCUCGUGUUCCUUAGAAAAAAAGUAUUAUUGUAUUUGUGCCUUUCUUGACAUUAUCCAGGCGUUUGAUAGAGUUUGGUAUGAAGGAUUACUCUUCAAACUAAAAAAAAUCCUCUCCCCCUGUUUAUUUUUAUUAAUUAAAUUUUACUUAAGUAAUCGUCAUUUCCAAAACCCGUUUGGAUCCACAGUUGAGAAAAUCUUAGCUGGAGCUCCCCAGGGUGGAAUCCUCUAUCCCUUUAUUUUUGAUAUUUAUACCUACGACCAACCUAUCUCCCAAAAUACUUUCGUAGCCGAUUACGAGGAUGACAAAGCCAUCAUAUCAUUUGACAAAGAUCCUCUGCCUCAGAAAAUCCUUGAACUUAUCUCAACCUAAUGUCUGAAUGGUACACCGACUAGUGCAUUAAACCUAACCCCAAUAUGUCAGUACAUACAACAUUCACUCUAUGCUACUCUAUUUGUCCUAAUGUCUAUUUACAUAACAUCCUUAUUCCCACAUCUGACACAGUUAGAUACCUAGGACAUUACUUGGAUAGCGCCUUACUUGUAAUAGCCAUAUUUGUAUUAAGAGACUUGCCUUAAACGCCCGUCUUCGUAGGGUUCGAACUUUACUCGAAAAUAAAAAUCACUCCAGAUUAAAAAUAAAAGUUUUUAUGUAUAAAACAUUACUUAAACCUCUACGGACAUAUGGUCUCCAAUUAUGGGGUACUGCAAAAGUGUCCAAUAUAAAUAAAGUUCAACAAUUUCAGAAUAUUGCCCUUAGGAAAAUAACGAACGCUCCAACCUUUAUUUCUAAUUACACUUUGAAUAAAGACCUGUCAAUUAAAACUGUGUCAGAAGAAACUACACGCUUCUACAAAAACGUUCAUGCCCGUCUCCAAACACACCAAAAUCUAUUAAAAGACUUUUCCACCCAAACAUUACCUGUCAACCCCAGGCGUUGUUUUAAAAGGAACUAA